AUGGUCGAACGUUUGCGACGGAAAAGGGCAAAGCCGACGGCGCGCAAAUUGGUGCUCGGCGCGGGCGAACCGAACGACGGGAAGGAUUUGGCGAAGGAGUUUAAGUGUAAGGAUAAUUCCAUCUGCACGGGGAAGUACAAUGUCGUGACUUUCGCGCCGAAGGGGCUGUACGAACAGUUUCGUCGGGUGGCGAACCUGUAUUUCUUGUCCGUGGCGGUGAUUUCGCUCUUUCCGACCGUCUCGCCGAUCCAGCCGUACACGACGUGGACGCCCUUGACUAUGGUGAUUGGGCUGUCGCUGGCUAAGGAAGCGGUAGAAGAUUACAAGAGACACGUGCAAGAUCGCGUCCAAAACACGUCGACGACUGAACGAUUUAACGGGGAGUCGUUUGAGAACUGCGAGUGGCACGACUUGAAGGUCGGCAACAUCGUGCGCGUGGUGCGAGACCAGUUUUUCCCUUGCGACCUCAUCAUGCUCGAUAGCUCGAGUGACGAAAACGCGUGUUACGUCGAGACGAAGAACUUGGACGGGGAAACAAACUUGAAAACCAAGCGUUCGGUUGACGUCGCGGACUUGAAGUUUGAUCGCGAAACGUUUGCGAAGAUGUCCGAGGGAAAGACGUUCAUCGAAUGCGAGCAUCCAAACAACUCUUUGUACACGUACUCUGGAAACUUGUCCAUCGGCGCGCCGUUGUACCCGAACGGUAAGAAAGUCUCGCUUAAUCCUUCAAAUAUGUUGCUGCGAGGUUCAAGUCUUCGCAACACGGAAUGGAUCGUCGGCGUGUGCGUGUACACUGGACACGAUUCAAAGGUUAUGAUGAACGCCACGGAUACCCCGUCUAAGCGCUCGCACCUCGAAAAGCAAAUGGAUGGGGUCGUCAUCACCAUGUUGAUAGCGCUGUUCGUUAUGAGCACGGCCUCGGCGAUUUAUUGCUCCGCCUGGAUUGGUAGCGGCGCGAAGGACCAUUGGUACUUGGCCGUGCACUUACAGGAUGUUACGUUCAAUCCGGAUAACAGAACCAGCGUUGGUGUUAUUGCCUUUUUCACGUCCUACGUCCUAUACGGCUAUCUUAUUCCAAUCUCUCUUUACGUUUCUUUGGAGUUGGUGAAGGUUUUCCAAGGAUUUGUCUUCCUGAACAAGGAUCGAGCGAUGUACCACGAAGAGACGGACACUCCCGCGCUCGCGAGAACGACCAACCUGAAUGAAGAGCUCGGUAUGGUACACACCGUGCUGAGUGAUAAGACUGGUACCCUGACGUGCAACACGAUGGAGUUCUUCAAGUGCUCGAUCGCUGGCGUCGCGUACGGCGAGGGUGUGACGGAGAUAGAACGAGCCAUCAUGCAGCGCAAGGGCGAGCCGUUGCCACCAAAAAAUGGUGACGCAAUCGAGCCAUCGUUCAAUUUCCGCGAUAAGCGACUUGAGAACGGAGCGUGGCAUAAGAGAUCAGACGCUGACAUUUGUCGCGGUUUUUUCCGUGUACUCGGCAUUUGUCAAACGGUUAUUCCUGAAGGAAAUCCUGUCCCGUCUGAAAUCGUUUAUCAGGCGGAGAGCCCGGAUGAACUUGCGUUCGUCGUCGCGGCAAAGCGCUUCGGCUUCUUCUUCAAGCAUCGUUCGGCAACGACAAUCACGGUUGAGGAAGAAGCAUUCAAUGACGGGCGACCGGGGACGGAGGACGUGACGUACACCAUUCUCAACACGCUGGAGUUCACGUCGGCUCGAAAGCGCAUGAGCGUCAUCGUGAAGAGCAAAAACGAUGGACGUAUCCUUCUCUUCACCAAGGGUGCCGACAACGUCAUUUAUGAGCGACUGUCUCAGAACGGCAAUGAAUUCAAGGAUGCGACCCAGGAGCACAUGGAUGCGUGGGCAAAGUGCGGUUUGCGCACGUUGUGCCUCGCGCGUCGAGUCAUCAACCCUUCUGAGUACGCUUCGUGGAAUGAAAAGUUCAUCGAGGCGAGCCAAGCUCUCCAAAAUCGUGAAGAGAAACUGGAAGAGGUGGCGAAUCUCAUCGAGAAAGACCUCACGCUGUUGGGCUCGACUGCGAUUGAAGACAAAUUGCAAGUCGGCGUACCGCGUACCAUUGAACAACUCAUGAAGGCAAACAUCGCAGUUUGGGUACUCACCGGUGACAAGCAAGAUACUGCGAUAAACAUCGGGCAAGCGUGCUCGCUCAUCACUCCGCAAAUGAAGGUCCGCGUCAUCAACGUCGAAGAUUUGGUUAAACAAGAAAACAACGGCGAGAUCGACAGCGCGACAUUUCAACGCCUCGCCAUGGCCUCAGUGAAGCAGCAGAUUGAAGCUGGUUUAGUAGACGCCGAAGCCGCGAUUCAGCUCGACGCCGACGUCGGUAUGGUUAUCGACGGUCGUUCGCUCACGCUGGCUCUCAAACCAGAGCUCGCCGGAAGCUUCCUAGCCCUGGGAACCAAGUGCAGCGCGGUUAUUUGCUGCCGCGUGUCGCCUUUACAAAAGGCGCUCGUGACGACUCUCGUGAAGGAUUCUGGACGCAUCACGCUCGCUAUCGGUGACGGUGCGAACGAUGUCGGGAUGAUUCAAGCCGCUCACAUCGGUGUCGGCAUCAGUGGCCAAGAGGGUAUGCAAGCAGUCAUGGCGUCGGAUUUCGCAUUUGCCCAGUUCCGCUUCUUGGAGCGCCUUCUUCUCCUCCACGGUCGAUACAAUUACAAGCGAAUUGCACGCAUGGUGACGUACUUCUUCUUUAAGAACAUCGCUUUUGGUUUGACUAUUUUCAUAUUCAACAUGCACACCAAAGCCAGCGGACAGACUGUGUACAACGAUUGGCUGAUGUCGUCGUUCAACAUUUUCUUCACCAACUUUCCGGUACUAGCGCUCGGUAUCCUUGACCAAGACGUGAAACCGCAGAGUUCGAUGGAGGUUCCGGAACUGUACAGAGAAACACAGGCGAACUCACAGUUUACGUCGCGCCGUCGUUUGACUUGGUUUGCGUACGGUAUUUACGUCGCGGUUGUGAGCUUCGUUAUGGUCUUCUACGGCAUCCACACGGGCGAAGCGGACGCGGAAAGCGGACAGCCGUUUGGGCUGUGGGAGGUCGGAACGACUUUGUACACUGCGCUCCUCAUCGCUUUGAACGUACAACUCGGAUUGUUGUGCAACUUUUGGACUUUAUUUCAUCACGUAGUCAUAUGGGGUUCCAUCCUACUGUGGUUCAUCUUGAACAUGGCGUUAAGUGAGACGGAAGUGUACUACUCCACUUACAGUUACAAGACGUUUUUACCGAUAACGUCUCAGGUGAUGAAAUACUGGCUCGGGUUUUGGCCGGUGGCGAUCAUCUCCAUCUGGCCCUACAUUGCGUCCAUCAUGUUCAUGCGAUAUUUUAGGCCGACUUUAGCCGAUGAGGUGCAAGAUAGAGACGCAGCUAUCCGGAGGUCGUCCGGCGGAAAGAGCGAAAAGGAGGGCGUCGAGCCUCGCCAAAAAGUGGACGUUGAACUCAAGUCGCCUCGAAGAAGUGGUACUUUACACGGCGUCGUCGUUGAAAGCUUAGGAAUCGCUCCGGUGAAAGCGGAGGAGAUCAAGGCGCCAAAACACCGUCGUAAACUGUCUUUCGCUGAUGUUUGGGGCAAAGAAACGCAAUUUCCCGACGUCCCAGGAGGUCGCCGGAGUAGCCAAGAUCGCACUCCGACGCAUUCGCGCGGCGUGAGUCUAGAGAGCUUGUCUUUACCCACGCUACCCGAGGAUAGAAGUGCGCGCGAUUUGUAAACUAUUU